CUUGUUUUGAACUUGCUUCGUCGAUUCAUGCAGCCACACACUUGAUGCCAUUUUCCUAUAGCUAUGGGCACUCCUGAAGCGACUCUCAGCGUAAGGAUCACUCAAAUCGACCACAUUCUUCGUCCCAGUGGUUAUUUCGACAAGGUCCCGUUCCCGCAAGUGCCGGUCAUACGGAUAUACGGUGUUUCCUCUGUGGGCCACAAGGCAUGCGUUCACAUCCACCAAGUGUAUCCAUACUUUUUCGUUGAGUAUAACGGUUUAAUGACGCCCGAAUCGGUGAACGAAUACAUUGGCAAACUGAUUGUGUCACUCAACCACGCCAUUGCACUUUCUUUGAAACGCGACCUAGACUCCCAGUUUGUUAGAGCUAUUUUGUUGGUUAAAGGCAUCCACUUCUAUGGCUUCCACUCGAUGCACUCUCCAUUCCUCAAGAUUCUGGUUCUAGAUCCAUCACUUUACAGCCGCGCAGUCAAUUUAAUGCGUUCUGGAGUCGUCAUGCACACUCGCUUUCGUAUCUAUGAAAGCCACCUGAAUUUUAUUCUGCAGUUCAUGUGUGAUUUUGGACUGUACGGAUGCGGAUGGAUUCAUCUAGGCCAAAUAUUCUUUCGAGGAGAAGACGACGAUCAGGUUGACAUAGAUGCUGUUUUUGGGGAGAAAGCAUCUGCUAUACUUUCCUCUCCUUACCAUCGACAGUCUCGCCUACCCAUUGAAUUAGACGCCGUCGCGCCACAAAUAUUGAACAGACAUCUUUUGGUGGCACGCAACAUUCUGUCUCAGCAGGAAUCUCUACCUGCAUCUCCCGUGCCAACUGCGCCUGUGGUGCUUGGUGUGCGAGAACUUUGGGAUGAUGAACGACGACGACGGGUCAAUAAUGGUCUUCACCCCACCCCUGCGCUCCCAGUUGAUCCUAGCGACAAUUCCAGGGGCUUGGGCCGCGAUUGGACGAUGGAGGCUGCAUGGUGGGAAGAGCUUAUGAAGAAUAUCACAGCCGAGAGGGCAUCUGCGAAAGAACCAACAAUAGCAGAGCAUGAAUGGGAGCAAUGGGUGAUGUCUACCUUUGAAAGCGUGCAAGCACUUUGGCAGUCUGAAGUGCACAGGCCAAUGCAGCACGAGAACGGACGACACAAUGAUAUGAAUCCAUUCGUGCUCACUCAAACACCUGACUACGGAGCUAGCAACCCCGCAAAACACACAGCUGAAGUCGACGAAAGCCUUUUAGCUGAGCAGGAGAUGCUGCAAGACGACGACGAAUAUAUCCCUGAAGAGGAUCAAGAAGAAGGUCUUGAUGAAAGAUUUGAAGGCGAGGGCAUACCAGAGGAUGAGAUCGACAUCAGUGAAUCUGAGUACCCUCGCCAAUUGUCCUUGUCGGAGGAAGCAUCUGACUCUGAUGAUGAAAUUGAGGCUUUACUUCAACCUAACGACUCCGAUGAAGCUGAAGCGGCCGCUUUCCGCGGUGCCUGGUUGGAAAUAUAUGACCGCAAGAGAGCCCGGUCUUCAUCGGAAUUUGAAACACCUUCCAAGCGCCCUCGCUAUAAUUCACUCUCGCCUUCUGCUUCUCGAGACGAACGGAGCGAUGACUCCAGUAGCGAUUUCCAUGAUCAACUGGAAACCAGCUAUCGCAGAGCUCUAUUUGAUGUCAAGACGGAUGUAGCAACACAGCUUCUCACAAAAAAUGCGACUGAAGUCCAAACGGAAACUCAAGAGCAGCAACAAGAUUCAGAGUCAAACAGACCUACCCUGAAGGCUGAUACGACACUGCCGACAAAAAGACUUCGGGCAACAUAUUGUUUUCAAAAACCUUGGGCCAUGUUGCGGACAAAAACCUGCUCCUACCGUUACAUUGUUCCACCUCCAUCAAUCAGUGAACUUCUGGAAACACUGGAAAGCGUUGGGCUUCCAAUGAAGCUAUAUCAAGCACCACACUUUUCUCGACACGAGGACACUCUAGAUGGCCCCAAAGAAUAUGCUGGCGUGAUCUAUAAUAUACCUUGCACAGCUGGUAUAGACUCUCUGGACGAUUGGCAAGGCGAGAAAGAAGAAGACCCUGCCAACCAGUCAUGGCUUACACCUCACCGGGCAUGGGGCUUUGAACAUUCGAGUUUUGCGCCCACUGUGAGGGCGAUUCGACUAUGGCUACAGCACAAUCCCCGACACCAGACGAGAAUUUUGGAAGUAAACACAUCCGUAGGCGAGGGAAACCUUUACAAUGCGCCGAAAGCCGACCAGGUACGAGGCGGAAACGAUAUGUCCAUACUGACAUUUGAAAUUUUUGCGCUUUCGGUGGACGACAAGUUUCCUAACUCUACUUCGGAUGAGAUCGUUGCUGCUUUCUUCACAUUCCUUGAUCAUAGUACGCAAGCUACUCCCCGCCAAGGCAUCAUCCUUGUUCGGAACGAACGCUUAAAUCCCUCCGGCUUACGCGAUUUCGAAAUCGAGAUCGUCAUGCACGAGCUGGAUCUAAUCAAUGCCAUUAUCGACGCAGUAGUCGACUUGGAUCCCGACAUUAUUGCUGGGUGGGAGGUUCAAACCUCAUCUUGGGGUUAUCUUUGCAGUCGGGGCAAUAACUACGGGUUGGAUGUUGGCGAACACAUCUCACGAGCCCCAGGCCGGUUUAACCAACGUAACGAUGAUCGUUGGGGUAUAAGAACGACGACUUCCCUCAAAAUUGUGGGCCGCCAUGUCUUUAACGUUUGGCGCCUCAUGCGCGCAGAGCACAGCCUGAAUAUGUACACAUUCGAGAAUGUCUCCUUGCACGCGUUGGAAAAGAGAGUUCCAAAGUAUACUCCGAAAGUAUUGACAACGUGGUAUCUAUCUGAAGACCUUUCGCUUUUCACUACGGUCCUACGAUACUUCGCUGAACGCACUUGCAUGACAUUGCAACUCCUUGCUCAGGCCGAUGUUAUAACCAAGACCUCCGAGUUUGCACGCGUAUUUGGCGUUGACUUCUUCUCUGUCAUCAGCCGUGGUUCUCAGUUCAAAGUCGAGUCAUUCAUGUUUCGUAUAGCCAAACCGGAAAGUUUUGUUUUAUUAUCGCCGAGCAAGCAGGAUGUUGGGAGACAAAACGCUGCAGAAUGCAUGCCACUGAUUAUGGAGCCGCUCUCGGCGUUCUAUAAUGGGCCAUUGGCGGUCCUCGACUUUCAGUCGCUUUACCCGUCAAUCAUGAUUGCAUACAAUUACUGCUAUUCAACAUGUUUGGGUCGUGUUUCCGGCUUUCAGGGAAAGAACAAGCUUGGAGUUUCCGAGCUUAACAUCUCACCGAGUCUUCUAAACCGCCUAAAAGAUCAUCUCGAAGUCUCGCCCAACGGCAUUGUAUAUGUCAAGCCCACCAUCAGGAAAGGGCUGCUAGGCCGUAUGCUCACGGAGCUUCUCGAUACACGCGUCAUGGUCAAACAGGCUAUGAAGACGGCACAAGGCAACAAGGCAUUGCGAAAGAUCUUGGACGCUCGCCAGCUUAGCCUGAAAUACAUAGCCAACGUGACGUACGGUUAUACGUCUGCUACUUUCUCCGGCCGAAUGCCGGCUGUAGAAAUUGCGGACAGCAUCGUACAGAGUGGGCGUGAAACGCUCGAGAAGGCAAUCCAACUCAUCGAGACAAACAAGCGAUGGGGGGCGAGGGUGGUAUAUGGAGAUACGGACUCUGUAUUCGUAUACCUCGAAGGGAAAACCAAGGACCAAGCAUUUAAAAUUGGUAACGAGAUUGCUCAAACAGUGACUCUUAUCAAUCCUGCGCCAGUGAAGUUGAAAUUCGAGAAGGUGUUUCUACCUUGCAUUCUGAUGGCAAAGAAGAGAUACGUCGGAUUCAAAUAUGAAGCACCGGACGAGGUUACUCCGCAGUUUGACGCCAAAGGUAUUGAGACGGUCAGGAGGGAUGGUACACCUGCCCAGCAAAGGAUGGUAGAAAAAUGCUUAAAGAUCUUAUUUCGAACACAGGACCUAAGCAAGGUGAAGGAUUAUUGUUACGAAACAUGGGCGAAGAUACUUCGGAACAAGCUGCCUGUUCAAGACUUUAUCUUCGCAAAAGAGGUCAAAAUGGGCACAUACAGCGAUAUUUUCCCGCCUCCCCCGGGAGCAGCAGUGGCUGCUCGGAGGAUGACAGAAGAUGCUGGCUACGAACCACAAUACGGUGAACGUGUCCCAUACGUUAUCGUCAGAGGGGACCGGUCGUCGCGACUAGUUGACCGAGCGGUAGCCCCUGAGCAACUGAUAGUGGACAGCCAAAUAUCCCUUGAUGCCUUCUACUACAUUGCUAGGGUUCUAAUACCUCCUCUGGAACGCAUCUUCAAUUUAGUUGGGGCUGAUGUGAGAGAGUGGUACGAUGACAUGCCAAAAGAUUCGAAACUGGAUAGCAUGGACUUGUCUAUGUCUCCCACAAAAGCAAAACUAGAUAUUUUGGCUAGGCUGAAAAUCGAAGAACAUUUCUGGCCUUCCGAAUGCCUGUCAUGUGGCACCCCGUUUGCAGAAGGUAUCUGUCCCGGCUGCAUGGACGACCCUGCAAGUUCUUUGCCGACACUGCUCCACUAUUUUCAGGCGGAAGAACGUCACUUGUUGGCAACACAAAGUGUGUGUAGCACAUGUGCGGGCCGUCCACCGGCCGACCCUGUACCUUGCUUGAACCUCAGCUGCUCCUGGUUGUACGAGCGAAAUAAAGCAGAAAAGAGUAUUGAAUUGCUGGAAGGGCUACGAGAUAUGAUGGACGACAUCAUGAUCGUGAACACAACACGUGGUUGCUCCGAAGAGACUUUGGUAUCAGUAUCAGACAUAGACAGUUUCGACACGUAGAUAUGACACUUUAUACGGAUUGAUAAGCUCCACUUUGGCCAACUGCAGCAGCAGGAGCUGCUGUUGGUGGUGGUGCAUUUGUUUUGGGCUGGGGUUGAGGCUGAGGUUCUUCAUCCACAGCCUGAUAGCCGUCCCGGCCACUAGACGUGAAGCCCCCAGGCAUAGACCAAACUGUAGCGCCGCCGAUGUUGUUUCCCAAGCUGGAAAACUGCACACCCCUCUGUCGCAAAGCAAAGAGAAAAGCAGCAGUAGUGGGAAGCUUCAAAAGUAGAACCAAAAUCGUGAUGAAUCUGAUGAAUCCAGAUUGGUCAUUUCUCGCCAUCCAUAUUAUGUCGGAGAUGAUCGAGAGCCCAAGGAUACCAGUAAAAGUUCUGAAUGAUUGAGAUGCUUCGCUACUUUCGUGAAUAUAAGAUCCGAAGAGAAAGAGGGGAAAGUUGUAGGGCGGCGAGGCGAAUGGGCUUGAUAUGAAAGCCAAGACCGUCUCGGCAAGAACCAGUUUACCUGGAUCGAGGCCUUGCAAGAAAUCCGCCAUGAUGGUUCAGAUGGAUGAUAAGAUGUAUAAACCGUGUAUAGAUGCUCUAAGUUUUUGGACGGUCCGAGCGAUUAAUGGUGUUGGGUUAUAACGCGCGUCGCAUAGUCAAAUGUAG